GCGUUCCAUUCAGCCAGCGGUGGGCGGUUGCCACAGCUGGUUUAGGGCUCCGACCAUUGGGGCCCCUUGUCAGGAGGAGGCACCCUCCCUGUCAGGGAGAAGUCGCUACCACCUUUGGCGGCUGACGCGAUCCCCAGGGACAGUGCACUUUCUGCCCUCAGUUGCCAGCUGAGUUCGGUCUCCCUCGUUCAGGGCUCUUGAUAAUGUUUGACCCAGUGGAAACAAUAGCAGACGACGUGAUUUCAAAGCUGGGCUCAGGCUCUAUUUCUUCUCUCGUGUAGUCACAAAGCCCAUUUUGGACCAGGAACUCCAAUCAUGUCUGUGAUGGUGGUAAGAAAGAAGGUGACAAGGAAAUGGGAGAAACUCCCAGGCAGGAACACCUUCUGCUGCGAUGGCCGUGUCAUGAUGGCCCGGCAAAAGGGCAUCUUCUACUUGACUCUCUUCCUCAUCCUGGGGACAUGUACACUGUUCUUUGCCUUCGAGUGUCGCUACCUGGCUGUUCAGCUGUCUCCUGCCAUUCCUGUGUUUGCUGCCAUGCUCUUUCUUUUCUCUAUGGCCACACUGUUGAGGACCAGUUUCAGUGACCCUGGAGUGAUUCCCCGAGCACUACCAGAUGAAGCAGCUUUCAUAGAAAUGGAAAUAGAAGCCACCAAUGGUGCGGUGCCACAGGGCCAGCGACCACCUCCUCGUAUUAAGAAUUUCCAGAUAAACAACCAGAUUGUGAAACUGAAAUACUGUUAUACAUGCAAGAUCUUCCGCCCUCCCAGGGCCUCCCAUUGUAGCAUCUGUGACAACUGUGUGGAGCGCUUCGACCAUCACUGCCCCUGGGUGGGAAACUGUGUUGGAAAGAGGAACUACCGCUACUUCUACCUCUUCAUCCUCUCUCUCUCCCUCCUCACAAUUUAUGUCUUUGCCUUUAACAUCGUCUACGUGGCCCUCAAAUCCUUGAAAAUUGGCUUCCUGGAGACAUUGAAAGAAACUCCUGGAACUGUUCUGGAAGUCCUCAUUUGCUUCUUCACACUGUGGUCUGUUGUGGGAUUGACUGGGUUUCACACUUUCCUCGUGGCUCUCAACCAGACGACCAAUGAAGACAUCAAAGGAUCAUGGACAGGGAAGAAUCGAGUGCAGAAUCCCUAUAGCCAUGGCAACAUUGUGAAGAAUUGCUGUGAGGUGCUUUGUGGCCCGUUGCCCCCCAGUGUGCUGGAUCGAAGGGGUAUUUUGCCACUGGAGGAAAGUGGAAGUCGACCUCCAAGUACUCAAGAGACCAGCAGUAGCCUCUUGCCACAGAGUCCAGCCUCAACAGAACAUAUGAACUCUAAUGAGAUGCCAGAGGACAGCAGCACUCCGGAAGAGAUGCCACCUCCUGAGCCCCCAGAGCCACCACAGGAGGCAACUGAAGCUGAGAAGUAGCCUAUCUAUUGAAGAGUCUUUUGUUUGUGUUUCAUUAGGGCUAUGAGAGAUUUCAGGGGAGAAGAUCAACCUAAGACAGAGAGCAUAUAAGCUGUCCCUUAUUACUAUUUUUCAUUGGUCUUAGUCACCCAACUGCACACUGGCAUUUUCUUGCUGCAAACUUUUUUUUUUUAACUUAUGGACUUAAGACAGUGGCAAAAGAUGCCACUCACAUAUGGCAACUGGACAAAUGGGUCUCUUGGGACAUGGUUUUGGGUUCCCAUUGUCUAAGCCACAAGGUGUCCUUGCACUCUCCUUCUCUUCCCUCCAGAUUGUAGCUCUCCUGAUGGGGGUCAUUGGUCUCAUUCUGGGGCUAAAGAUUCUCGAGACUGACUUAAGUCCUUUCCUGCUGCUGCGUGUCCUGAGUCCAGAGGCAGUCACAGAAACCUCUGGCCAGGGAAUCCUAACCAGGCUCUUGACUCCUUCAAUACUAAUGAGGAUUGGAGAGGGAGGUUGGAGGAUUCUCCUGGCUACAAAGUGCCAGCAUUGCCAGCCAGUCCUUUUGGAAUAGGGCAGGUAUUGUAUUUAUUUGUAGCUUCUCCUUUCUCCCUCUAUGCAUUCUCUAACAUCCACAUCUCACUCUUUCCCCAUUAGAUGAUAUACAUAAGUAGUCAUAGUAGAGAUAACAAGUUACAUUUCUCAUAGAUUCUCCAGAAACUUCAAUGGCUGUGCUAUUCUCAGUAAGCAUUGAUGAGAUGCCAACAGCAUAGCCCCUCACACUCUCUGUCUCAUCUCCCCUCUUUUCUCAUUAGCCCAUUUUAAUUUUCUUAUUUUGACUCCUGCUUCCGUUGGGAGCAGGAAUGGCAGUAAUAAAAGUCUGCACUUUGGUGGUUCCUUUUCCUCAGAGGAAGCCUGAGUGCUCACUUAAACACUACCCCUCAGACUUCUUGUGUAAGGCCUACAAAGGCCCUGAAUGCACAAAUGGGGAAGCCAAGGCACAGAGAGGCUCUCCUCUCCUCUCUUCUCCUCUCUUCUCCUUUCCUCUCCUCCCCUCCCUCCCACUCUCCACUCUCCUCUACUCUUCAUCCCUUCAAAAAGAAAAAAAAAGGACUAAACAGUACUUCCAUUAAGCCUUGGCUGAGUGAGGGAAAGCCCAGAACUGCUGCCCUCCCGGGUAUCCCACUCCAAGGCCUCAGUGCACCUCUGGCAAUGGUAACCACACCAUGGGCUUUAUCCAAGCCCUACUCUUCCAGCACUUCCACCGGCAGAGUCCCAGAGCCACUUUCAUCCUGGGGGUGGACUUCAGCCCCCAGGCAGCUCUGAUCAGGACCCGCACUAUUUCAGGGAAGAAGAUCUAUGUAUUAUAUGUGGCUAUAUUUCCUAGAGCACCUGUGUUUUUCUCUUUCUUAAGCCAGGGUCUUGUCUGGAUGACUUACGGGGACAGGGAGGGGUGUGAACCACAACUUUUAAUCUAUUUGAAGGCAAUUAAACUGUGUCUAAUGCAAGCUGCCUGCCUCCUCCUUCCCCUUCCAUUUCAAGAACCACCAUGGGGUUGUGAAUGUGUUUGUGUGCUGGGUCAGGGGGUGGGUGGAGGGUAGAAGGGAUUGCUUGUUACUUCCCAUGCUUUCAUUUUCCAGGGUACCCUUGAGUUGAAGAGAUAGAUACCUCUCAAAUUCAACCUCUCCAUUGAUCUAUUUAAUUCUGGGCCGAAGUUCAUCUUAUUCUGGACUAUGAACACAGGACUUUCAAGUAAUAUACAGUGUGAACAAGACUGGGAGAGUAGAGGGAUUACACUUACUUAAGAGAACACGUUCUCUAUUAGGAUAUUUUUUUGAAGUAGAUGGAUACUGUUAUGUGCAAGUGGGUCUUGGUUUUCGAAGCAGGCUCGCCAGGGCCUCCCCUUGGAAAUAUUUCAUUAGUGAUCUUCUACAAGUGAUGGCAUGCAUUUCUUUUCAAACGGUCUAUAAUCAAGACUCCUAUCUCACUCUUUGCAGUUACUUGUAUCUAGUGACAUUUGGCUGCUCCCAGGUUUCUCUGUGUCUUUCCAUUUUGGUUGUUUCAAGAUUUGAAUCGAAUAUUCCUGGGGAAAGAGUCAUUGGGAGAGAGAUUGUCUCAGAUUCCUCUCCUGUCUGUUUCUCCUUUUCCUUUUUUUUUUUUCCUCUCUCUCUCAGUUUUGUUAUUAUAGUGAGAUUUCAGUUAGACCAAAAUUAGGGCAAUCAUAGAGAGUGCGGAAGUUACUUUUUUUUUUUUUCCAAUCAGCCUAUUUCCCACAGGACUCCCUUUCUAGUCAAUACUCAGGCCAUCUCCACUCUUGGGCCAGGGUGGGUUUCUUUCCUCCCUUGACUUACCUCAGUUACUCUUCUUCUGCCCCAAGUCGGCCCAAGAGCUUUCUCUUUCUAGUGGGAAGAAUCAAAAUGAAAAUCUUUUAUCUCUAGCGAAAAUAUUUUGGGUUUUUGUUUGUUUUUGUUGUCUCUUUUUUUAAUCUGCUUCCUUACACUCUUUGCUCUCUUUCUCUUUCUUUAUAAAUCUUCUGUAUUUAAGACUUUGGCCUGAAGACCUGUCCCAUUCAUAUCAAAUACCAGUUGGGACUGUCCCUAGUCUGAGCUCUGAUUAGAGGAUAGACUGAAAAUUUGAUCUUUCUGUGGGGAAAGAGACCUUAUAUUGUUUGAUGUUUUCAAUGGCUGACACUCUCCAACUCUCCCCUUUCUCUCAUUCCUCACACUUCCUAUGUACCCAUCCCACUUCCCCAGGCCAGGAUGGUUGGCACUGAUCCAAAAUUGCAAAGGAAGGGGAAAUGUAUGUCCUUUUGGUUCUGGGGGCUUCCUGGCCCUAGCUGAAAUCACUAUUGCUCCUUUUGCAUUUUUCCCCAGGAGUGGGGUUUGAUUAGAGGUGGGUUCUAAUUCUAUAGCAGCUAAAUUCCGUUCUUCCCAUCUGACCAUCCUGCCCUUACCCUCAGGUCCCUUUUCCUACUGACCAAAUCUCUUUAACUUGUUUGGGAGAAAAGUAUUUUGUUUUUAAAUCUAUUUUCUAACUUAAAUGCAAUUUAAUAUGUAAAUCUCUGCACUUUUGUGUGAGCCUACAAAUGUGUAUGUGUUGGGGUUUUUCACUCUCUGGUAUUUCUUAAUAAAGAGAUCUUUGUUUUGGGGGGAAGCCAAUUAGUGAAGGAGACUUGAACGGUUUUAGAAAUACAGGGAUGUUUGUUUCUUUGUGA